AUGGCCGGACGGCGCCCCUCCGAGACCAGUGCUCUUCUCAAUGACCACGGCAUUGAUGACUUCCGGAAAUCUAUUGAACAGAUCGAUCAGAGAAGAUACGGCACGACUGACGAGGACGAGUCCUCUCUUUUCAAGGGUCCUGAUCUCGAGACGACAUGGAAGACAGAAACCAAGCUGUUAGCUCGAUAUUCGGGUCCCCUGAUGUUGACCUAUAUCUUGCAAUACUCCUUUAGCUUGGUCACCGUCUACGUUGCUGGACGCCUGGGGACCAAGGAAUUGGGAGCAGCCUCCCUGGCCACAAUGACAGCCAAUAUUACGGGACUGUGCGUCUACGAGGGACUCGCCACCAGUCUUGACACUCUAACGUCGCAGGCAUUUGGGAACGACAAGAAGCAUCUGGUAGGCUUACAUGUGCAACGCAUGAGUCUCCUGGUUUGUGUGGUCACCAUUCCGAUCGGUGCCAUCUGGAUGUGUUCUCCCUGGAUCCUGUCAGCGAUCGUGCCCGAACAAGACGAGGCUCACCUGGCUGGUACUUUCAUGCGCAUCUACUUGGCUGGUGCCCCGGCUUGGGCCAUCUUUGAAGCCGGAAAGCGCCUGUGUCAGGCUCAGGGUGAUUUUACUGCCUCCCUCGUGGUUGUCAUGGUCUGCGCUCCCUUGAACAUCCUUUGGAACUGGCUCCUAGUGUUCCAUUUCAACCUGGGCUUUGCCGGUGCCGCUUGGGCCGUGGUCAUUUCCAAUAACCUCCAGCCAAUUGUCCUGGCACUGUACGUUGCCUACAUUGCUCCCUCGAACUUGCAAUGUUGGCCAGGCUUGGACUUGCGACGAGCGUGCCAGAAUUGGGGUCCCAUGAUUAAAUUGGCCAUCCCGGGAGUCCUCAUGACCUUUUCGGAGUGGUUUGCGUUCGACAUCCUCACGAUUGCGGCCGGGUAUUUGAGUGAACCAGACCUUGCAGCUCAGUCCGUCUUGAUGACGGUGGUCGUUACCAUGUAUCAUAUCCCAUUUCCUAUAUCCAUCGCAGCGUCGACAAGAUUCGGCAAUCUCAUUGGGUAUGGGGCGUUAAAAGCCGCACGGAAGGCUUGGAAAACGCACUAUCUGAUCUUUAUAUGCAUUGGGAUAUUCGAUGUCAUCUUGCUGACAUCGUGCCGACACGUCAUCGCGGCUAUUUUCACCGCAGACGACGCGGUGAGAGCAAUUAUCGCGACCGUCAUGCCAAUCACUGCUGCCGCUCAACUUUUUGACGCACUCCUGGCAAUCUCAAACGCGCUUUUGCGUGGCCUAGGGAGACAGAAAGUUGGGGGUUGGGUUAAUCUGGGGGUUUAUUACUUGUUCGCACUUCCAUUGUCGUUCUCCCUGUGUUUCGGUCCGCCUCAGAUGGGCCUUAGUGGCAUGUGGAUUGGCCCAUGUACAGGACUCGGCUGCGCGACACUCAUCAUGGCCACGUACAUGCGGUUGACCGACUGGCAGAAAGCCGUUGAAGACGCACGAGCACGGGAGGAGUAG